AUGGCCGCUCUCAAAAUCGAGCUAGCAGACAGUCGCGAUUUCUAUUUUCCUGGCCAAACCAUCAAUGCUGUGGCCACGUUCAAAACUUCAGAACCAUAUAAGGCAACUGAAGUUCGAGCAUACUGCAAAGGAGAGGCCCGCAUCUCUUUCAGAGAAAAUUCGGCAAGAUACAAUCGAAUAGACAUAUUGGAUACAAAUGAUGGUUACGUUUCUUUCUACACCCGCCAUGCCUUCAUUGAUGACCAGAGCCUUCUAUGGGCAUGCGCUGAUGGAUCGGAAAAUAUUCCACCCGGCGAAUACAAAUGGAAUUUCUCAUUUACUCUUCCCGACAAUUGCGAGCCCUCAUUUCAAUCUCAAAAUGGAUCGAUUAAAUAUUCAAUUAAAGUGGAAAUCAAUCGACCAAGAGCUCUUGAUAAGACUGAAACUUGUCCGAUAAUCGUGUUGAGACCAUCAUUGGGCAACAUUCCAACAGACCUGAAACCACUUGAUAAUGAAGUAACUUCUGACCUCGGAGCAUCCUGUUGUGGGCUAUUUGGGUCAGGGCAAAUCAAAGUCAAGUUCCAUAUGCCGAAAACACGGAUUAGGGUCGGGGAAACGGUGAACAUGGAGUUUGAAGUCAAUAAUCAAAGCACAACAGCAAUUAGAGGGAUCCACACUUACAUCAAUAGUAAAGCCGUGAUGAGAGCAGAACAUAGUGAGCAUGCUGAGGAAGAGAUCGGAAGAAUGAUCGAAGACAUGGUUCUUAAGUCAACAAUCCCGAAAUACGAGCUGAAAGAAGAGGAUCCGUAUACAGCAUGGAAGCAAUCCGUCAACUUUGACAAACCGAAAAAGUCGAAAGAGUUCAAAUACACUCAUCAGUUCGUAUUUCCACCAUUGGCGGCGACAUUCAACGGCGGAAACGAAGGUUCUCUCGUUAGCACUUCAUACACUAUGGAGGUUUCAUUGGAUAUCAAAGUAUUCACAGUUGCUCCGAAAUUCCGGUUCCCAAUCGAAGUCUAUGUGAUGCCAUGA